GGAGGAGCUACACAAAUGGCUACUUCUAAGAAAAGCACAUCGUGGUCGACCGAGGAGGUGACGACGUUCCUUCAUCUCAUUGGGGAUGAUAAAAUCCAGCGGGAGCUCGACGGAACAACGAGAAAUGUGAAAGUGUUCCAGGAUGUCUCUGCACAGAUGUCCGAACGCGGAUUGUCGAGGACUUUCCUGCAGUGUAGGGAAAAAGAUGAAGAGUGAAUAUCGCCAAGUAAAGGACAACAACAACACGAGUGGUGCGGGUAGGAAACACUGGAAGUGGUUCGAUUUGUUGGACCAGAUUUACGGCCAUAGACCGGCCAACGUUGGGAGGGAGGGAGGCCUGGACUCUGCAACGGCUUUACUGGAGUCCCUGCAAGGAGGAACAUUCCCGAACAACGGGUGAUGGCAGUGUUCCGUCCACAUCGUCAUUGAAUCCAGAACAGACCCCAGCCGAAGACCCGAACCCGACUCCGCCACCAACACGAGUGCCAUCACGACACCGCAGCGUGUGGUUCUAGGCAAGAGGAAACGAGGAGGAGAGGAUCGGGCCCAGCAGGAACAGUACAUGGCCCAGCAUGAACAGCACAUGGCCCAGCAUGAACAGCACAUGGCCCAGCAGGAACAGCACAUGGCCCAGCAGGAACGGUACAUGGCCCAGCAGGAACAGCACAUGGCCCAGCAUGAACGGCACAUGGCCCAGCAUGAACAGCACAUGGCCCAGCAUGAACAGCACAUGGCCCAGCAGGAACGGUACAUGGCCCAGCAGGAACAGUACAUGGCCCAGCAUGAACAGCACAUGGCCCAGCAUGAACAGCACAUGGCCCAGCAGGAACAGUACAUGGCCCAGCAUGAACAGCACAUGGCCCAGCAGGAACAGCACAUGGCCCAGCAUGAACAGCACAUGGCCCAGCAGGAACAGUACAUGGCCCAGCAUGAACAGCACAUGGCCCAGCAGGAACAGUACAUGGCCCAGCAUGAACAGCACAUGGCCCAGCAGGAACAGCACAUGGCCCAGCAUGAACAGCACAUGGCCCAGCAGGAACAGCACAUGGCCCAGCAUGAACAGCACAUGGCCCAGCAGGAACAGUACAUGGCCCAGCAGGAACGGUACAUGGCCCAGCAGGAACAGUACAUGGCCCAGCAUGAACAGCACAUGGCCCAGCAUGAACAGCACAUGGCCCAGCAGGAACAGUACAUGGCCCAGCAUGAACAGCACAUGGCCCAGCAUGAACGGCACAUGGCCCAGCAUGAACAGCACAUGGCCCAGCAUGAACAGCACAUGGCCCAGCAGGAACGGUACAUGGCCAGCAGGAACAGUACAUGGCCCAGCAUGAACAGCACAUGGCCCAGCAUGAACAGCACAUGGCCCAGCAGGAACAGUACAUGGCCCAGCAUGAACAGCACAUGGCCCAGCAGGAACAGCACAUGGCCCAGCAUGAACAGCACAUGGCCCAGCAGGAACAGUACAUGGCCCAGCAUGAACGGCACAUGGCCCAGCAUGAACGGCACAUGGCCCAGCAUGAACGGCACAUGGCCCAGCAUGAACGGCACAUGGCCCAGCAUGAACGGCACAUGGCCCAGCAUGAACGGCACAUGGCCCAGCAUGAACGGCACAUGGCCCAGCAGGAACGGCACAUGGUCCAGCAUGAACAGCACAUGGCCCAGCACAUGGCCCAGCAUGAACAGCACAUGGCCCAGCAGGAACAGCACAUGGCCCAGCAGGAACAGUACAUGGCCCAGCAGGAACAGUACAUGGCCCAGCAUGAACAGCACAUGGCCCAGCAUGAACAGCACAUGGCCCAGCAUGAACAGCACAUGGCCCAGCAGGAACAGCACAUGGCCCAGCAGGAACGGAACGGCACAUGGCCCAGCAUGA